CUUAUCAAUUUUAUUUUAUUUUAAUGAAAACAACACUAAACGAAAGCAAAGUACAAUUUAAUUUUAUUUUAUUUACUUUUGAUACUGCUAAAUAAGUGAGUUUGUGUCUGUGGUAUCUGUCAAAUUUGAGUUUUGAGGUUAGCUUGGCUUGUUAAUUUUAAUGAAAACAACACUAAACGAAAGCAGAGCACAAUUUAAUUUUAUUUUAUUUACUUUUGAUACUGCUCGUUCGUGGCUACAUCACUGAGUGAUUAGAAUUUUAACUUUCUGUUAAUUAAAUAUUUAUUUCAUUAACGAAUUCCCGCUGUUGGAGUUUGUCUGUGUCAGAGGAAGGGCUACUUGUGAGGAUUGGCGAGUACGUACAACGGCAACAACGUAGCGGUUGUCGUGAUGCACGUGACGCACGCGUGUCGCUGCUGCUUGCGGCGUGCUCCGGACAAGGACCUGACGACGCCGUACACACAUCUCGGUAUAACGGAGAUAUAUGCCGACAUGAUCAAAGGGUGCUUUGACAUAAAUCUGGUAGUGGGCGCCUCGGGCUCGUGCGGCAUCUGCUCGGCGUGCGUGGGCCGCCUGCGAGACGCGUGCGCCUUUAAGCUGCAAGUGCAGCGCAGCCAGGCGGAGCUGCAGGCGCGGCUGCAGGGAGAGAGCAUGGAAGAGGAACAAUCUGCAGUCAGGUCAGAAUAUCCAGAAAUGCAGGAUGCAGACGGGACCAGUGAGCCUGCAUCAGGUGAAGAGCCCCUGGUCAAGCUAGAGACGCUAGAUGCAUGGAUGGAUGGGACACCUGAUGAGAUAUUGCAUUACAUGCUCCGGUUAAACAUGGCGGCCGGAGACGGGGCGAGAGACGAGGAUGAACCGUUGUUGGUGGAGGAGCGGGCAGUCAAGCCGGAGCUGUCGGACGAGGCGAGUGACGAGGACUGCAUGUCGGUGCCCGACGCCCGCGCCAGGGAACAGCUCGCCAUGACUUGUUCCGUGGUGCUCGAGCGCCUCCGCGACGACGCGACUGUUCACAGUGAAAGCAAACACAUACAAAAUACUCACUCAUCUAGUGGACCUAAAGAAUUUGCUUGUGAUUUUUGUAGUUCUACAUUCCAAACUGAAUCGCUUGUGUUAGAGCACGAGAAAAUCGAACAUGGUAUAACAGAUUUCAUGUGUGCCGAAUGUGAGUAUACAACGACUAACAAGAAAAGUUUGCACGCUCAUUUAAAAACUCACACUGUAGACAAGCCUCUUAAUUGCACUCCCUGUAGUUAUAAAAGUCCGUUUAAAAGUGAUUUACACAAACGCCUUGCGAUACACACUGGUGACCAGAAGACACAGAAGAGGACAUACAACACAGCGAAGCCUUUUCAUAAAUGUAGUUACUGCGGUUACAAAUCUCGUCACAAAGGUCACCUACAAUAUCACAUAAGAACACACACUGGCGAGAAGCCUUACACUUGUAACAACUGUGAUUACAAAUGCAGUCGCAAAUCAAACUUACAAUUACACCAGAUGAUACACACUGGGGCGAAGCCAUUUGAAUGUUGCCACUGUGAUUACAAAUGCCGUGAUAAAUCAAACCUACAACGUCACCUACAACGUCACACAACAAAACACACUGCCAAGAAGGCUUAUGCAUGUAACAACUGUGAUUACAAAUGCAAUAGCAAAUCAAGCUUACAAUUACACCAGAUGAUACACACUGGGGCGAAGCCAUUUAAAUGUAGCGAGUGCGACUACAGCUGCAGGAGUAAAGUAUACUUGCUAGCACACCAGAGGAUACACACUGGAGAGAAGCCGUACACAUGUAGUCAUUGCGAAUUCAAGUGCAGCCAAAGGACAACCUUACGAAAUCACGAAACGAUACAUACUGGCGAGAAGCGUUUUCAGUGUAGCCACUGUGAUUACAAAUGCAGACAGAAAUCAGACUUAAAAAAAACUGCAAACACUGGGACGGAGCUAUUUAGAUGUAGCGAGUAAAGUAAACUUGCUAGCACACCAGAGGAUACACACUGGAGAGAAGCGGUUUCAGUGUAGCGACUGUGAUUACAAAUGCAGUCUGAAAUCAAAUUUAAAAAGACACCAGAUGAUACACACUGGGGCAAAGCCAUUUAAAUGUAGCAACUGCGAGUACAGUUGCAGGCAGAACAAAGAAUUGCUUAAACAUCAGAAGAGGAAGUGCUAUUAAGUGUGGAAUAAGACAUCGUCACAGAAUAAAUGAUAGUACUAGGUACAUAAGGUUCACUCUCUGACAAAAAGCGUCUAUUACGAUUACGACAGAUUCAUUGUCGCCACUGUGAUUACAAAUGCGGUCGGAAAUCAUAUUCGACAAGACACCAGAAGAUACACACUGGAGAAAAACCUCAUUAAUGUAGUCAUUGUGACUACACGUGCAGAACUAUUUCUAUGUUACAAAUAUACGAAAAGAGUAUCUUUUCCUUUUACCUUAUUAGCCUUUUCUUGGUAGCCACUGCUACUUGAAAAGUCGAUGUAAGUAAACGGGCUGUGCAGAAACACCUCGGACCAAAGCAUUUCGGUGAAAAACCCUAGAGUAGUUCCGAUAGUGAUCGGGAAGUCGCUAAAGUAAGGACGAAGAAUUUUAUAUAACCCACCUGUUCCCACAGGCGUUUGCUACUAGCUAGCUAGCAGUAGCUAGCUACUGCUAGCGAUUGUAGGUAAAAUCCGCCGCACGCGUCCGCUUCAGUUAGCGUUGCUCCAUACUAUUUUUCGUUAGCCGGCUCCGUGUACCCGUCCCGCGCCAACUAGCGGAUGCUAUACUUAUCUCUAUCACCCGCUCGUAAUAGGGCAUUCUUCUGCUAGUCAAAUCAGUUUCUUUUUUAGAACUGUCAAAACGAUUUGCUAAUAUGGAAUUUAUAUGAAACAUUACGUCACGGUCAACUUACCUACUUUUUAUAUUUCUAUCCGAUUUAUUAAAUAAACUUGUGUUUAUAAAUUACUGCUAUAUAUGUUUUUCUAAUAAUUAUCUGGUGCUUUAUUUCAUGCAUGGUGUGAAAUAAUUUACUUUACAGUACAUAUGGGGCUACUUUACCGCACUUUACUUUACUUUGCCUUUUUGUAAUUAAAAAAAAACGUUUCACGUUAAAUUGAAAGGGCCAGCCAUAUGUACUGUAAAACGUUGUAUGAUACAUGUGCGAAUAGGUAAUUCGCAACUCGUGUCGAUUUAAAACACUCUCUUCGGUUUUACGACGCUAAUUUAUUACCACUCGUUUCGAAUUUCCUACUUUUCGCACUUGUAACGUAAUGUACAAUUAAAUACAGUCUAAUUUGUUAUAUUGCUGUCUCGCCUGUGUGCCGGCGGUCAAUCUCACUGUGCGAGAAGGAAACCAAUAUAAUUAUGUGCGUGAGAUAGAGAUAGGAAAUGACGGGUAGAUAACGUUCAUGUUCAUACUUUAUUUACCUAAGAGCAUUUGUCAUAGACAUAGUAUAUACAAUGUACACUGUGUUUCAAUACUUUCAAACAACGUUUCACAGUUUAUUUUGUAACAUGAUUGUAUUUUCAUUGUGUGUCACAAUAUUGCCAGUACAGAAAUAACCGAUUACGCUCAACACAAAGAAACGUGAAAAUUGAGUUACAUUUUAUUCAAUUAUACGCGGAGAAGGGUGAAGGAAGGCUAGAAUUAUGCAACAUCGUAUACAAAAAAAUUCAGCUCUCUAGCAUUAUCCAAGGCGAGGGUUCGAAAAUACUACGAAACGUGCCGAAAAAAGAUAUGCACUGCCUUUUACCCUCUGUCUCGUCUUGGCGGGGGCACGGCCGUGCCCCCAGAUGAAUGAAUAAUAAAUAAAUAUUAGU